GAUCUCUCUUCCCCAACAGACCGUUAGGUGACAUCUUUGAAACCUCCUCACGCGGAUCGUCAUCAUAAAUGAGAAAGGCAACGUGACUGCGAUGGGGACGUGACCGUAAGUCUUCCUAGGCAAGGCCUGUACAUCGUGCACGGCGGCGGGCCACAACCAGAGGAACCGAUGCAAACAGGACACGCCUCACUGAAGCAUCACUCUUGUUAAUGGCGCACGUAACUAAUCCCAACUCCUAGAAUUGUCCCCACUACUAUUUCCUCCGUGAAGACAAGGCCAACGACCAAAAUCUCUGUUUUGGAAACACACGGUACUCUAAUUUUCUCUUUUCCCAGUGCGAACCGUCCAAUUUCUUCCUACCAACUUCGUCAGCUUCUCUGAAACAGAGAUUCCAUCAUCACUUACAUCAUCACUUGCACUGUCUCAUUGACUCUCUCUCUCUCUCUGUUAUGGUUCUGCUCUGUUUGAAGGCCGUCUCGCCAUGAAGAAUUGUCCAGAUGCCCAACUUAGUGAGGGUUUCUUCCAUGUGUCAGCUGCAUUAAUUGGUUCUGCAGAUUUUGAGGUGCACAAUGAUCUGUCCUUUUCGAAUACUGGUUUGUUGAGACGCCAGUUUUAAUUUCUGCUCCCUGCUCAGCGAUGGUUGAUGCAACAGUAUUUAUUUCGCCGAGUUCUUGCUUGUUGGGUGACUUGAUUACUGGUGAUUUGCUUCUUUGUAAUCACUGGCAGCGAAGAUGAUGGGAUUGGUGGGGUUAGGUAGCGAGCCAGAAUAAGAGUUGGAUGGGGGUUUUAAAGAAAACGAAUGAGGUCAAGCCUCUUCUGUUCAAGUUGGGUGUCGCCUUAGCUGUGUCGGUUGCGGGUUUUCUGUACACCCAUUUCAGAUUCAGGAUCCGUCCUUGGCGUCCCCCUCAGUCCUCAGGUAAAUACAGUAGUGAGGGAUCCAGCGGAGAUUGUAAACCAUCAGAGACAGAGGCCAUGGUUUUGGAACCUGUUGGGACCAUGCAGAAAGUUGAUCCUGUGUUGGAGCCUUCUCCGAAAGGCAGCGAUAUCAACGAAGAUGACUUUUUGUUGCCUGAAUUUAAUGAGUUGGUAUUGCAAGAGUUCGAAGGUUCCGGAAUUCCAUAUCUCAAAGAGGGAAGCACUGAGGUGGUCUCCGAUGUUAAGGAAACAGGAGAUGAUGCGACCGCAAUGGAGUCUGAGAUCAAGGGGCUAAGGAAUCAGACUUUUGUUCUUCAAGAGAGGGUGAAGAGUUUGGAGAUGCAGCUGCUGGAGUACUACGGACUGAAAGAGCAGGAAAAAGCGGUCAGGGAACUUGAGAACCACCUUAAAGCUCAGUCAAUGGAGUUGAAGCUUCUUAAGUUGAAGAUGGAUUCUCUGCAAGCGGAAAAUCAGAGGCUCCGUGAACAGGCCCAAAAUUACUCGAGAACAGUAGAAGAACUGGAAACUGCUAGAGCAAAGAUCAGGUUGCUGAGAAAGCAGAUGAAGGCUGAAAACGAGUCAGCGAAGGCACAACUAGUUGCUGUUCAAGAACGGGUUUCAACAUUACAAGCCCUGGAAAAAGAAUCCUGCAAAAGAGAUGAAGAGAUUCAGACGAAACUGCAGAAUUUGCAAGAUUUGGGGAAUGAAACUGCAAUUUUGAGAGAGAUGAAUGAGAAACUACGGCAGGAAAACUUGGAACUAGCAACGAAACUUGAUUCUAGAGGAAGGGCAGCUUCUGCUUCAAAUUCGAAAGUUCAUGAGGCCGAGGUAGUGGGCAAGGCUUUGGAAGAUGUCGACACAUUGAAGGAAUCAAACGAGAACCUGAUGGAGGAGUUGGAGAGGCUUAAAACAAAUCGAUAUGCUGAUGUUGAGGAGUUGGUUUAUCUAAGAUGGAUAAAUGCAUGCCUGAGGUAUGAACUGAGAAACUUUCAGACAUCACCGGGGAAGACUGUUGCUCGGGAUCUUAGCAGGAGCUUGAGCCCCAAAUCGGAAGAGAAAGCAAAGAAGCUCAUACUUGAGUAUGCUGGAUCCGGUGGUGUUCCAAAUUGUCCGCCUGACUUUGACUUGGAAUUUUGUUCAUCAUCGCAAGCAUCGACUCUUACUGAUACAGAUGAAUUUGAUGCUUCAUCUCUUGAAGUCCAAUCUGCUACAUAUAGCAGUUCAAGCAAAAGAAAACUCUUCAACAAGCUAAAGAGGUUGGUACUGGGCAAACACAGCCCAGAAAGAAAAACUUCAGUAUACAGAAACUCUGGCACUUUCAGUAAGUCUGAGAGGCUGCGUGUCUCAAAAAGUCUUCUUGAUGAUCUUACGAGCACACACUCGCAGGAAAGCUUCUCGCCGUCUGCAACUGCUCAACUCAGCUCUGUGGCUAAUUUUUCAGAGGCCCGCUCGAAAUCCUGCCGGGUUGACAGUUUGACGACGGACAGAAUCACUAAGAAGAGUAGGCAACUGAGUCAAUCGAUGGAUUCACGGAGUGUGUCAAGAUCUCUAUCAGAUAUUUCAAGAACAAGACAUCUAAGAACAAGAGGUACCAAGGAUCAUAAGGCUGCUCAGCAGGAGAAUUUCAUUACCACAGAAUGGAGCUGUGAUGUUCUGGACGACUACCAUGCUACUGAUUACAUGUUAGACAGUGACAUGGGAUCCCUGCGAUCUCUACAAGAAGAAAGUAGUCAACUUCAUGAGGGUGAAGCUGGCUCAGAAAAGUUAGAACUAUUGAAGUUUGCAGAGGUUCUCAAAAACUCACGUAGGUUUUCAAAGGCACAGAGAAAGCCAGGUUUCGGCUCUUUCUAAUAUGUAUAGUUAAUGUGAUCAUAAUUGUCUAAAUCUGGUUGAUCUUCUAGUACAUGUAAUUGAUUAGCAAAGUUGGAUUCUCUUCUUCAAUAAAAGAAAAAGCCAGGCUCUUCUUUCUUUC